UUUUACAACUUCAUUGUAAAAUAAUGCAUACUUUAUGAGCCCGUCCAAACUUGCUACUGGGAUAGAAAAUAAACACACUGAUAAGUGACUUUAUUAAAGAUUACACAAAUCUAUCAGUCAUGUGAGGAGACAACUGUUCUGAUAAAACGGAGUUCAGACAGCUCAAAUCUUUAACAAUGAUUGUGAGAGUUUUACUGUUUGCCUCAUUGUGUGUAAUGAGUCGAGGGCUUGACAAUGGUUUGGCUCUGACACCACCCAUGGGUUGGGUGUCAUGGGAACGAUACAGAUGUAACAUUGACUGUGAAAAUGAUCCAGACAACUGUAUCAGUGAACAAUUGUACAUGACAAUGGCGGACUUGCUGGUGUCUGAAGGAUACAAAGACAAAGGUUAUGAAUACGUGAAUAUAGAUGAUUGUUGGAUGGAAAAACAACGGGAUGCUAAUGGCUCUUUGGUGGCUGAUAGACAAAGAUUUCCUCACGGAAUAAAAUGGCUUGCUGAUUAUGUACAUUCAAAAGGGUUAAAACUUGGUAUCUAUGAAGACUUUGGAACAUUCACUUGCGGCGGUUACCCUGGUAGCAAGUUUUACCUCCAAGAAGACGCCGAAACGUUUGCCUCAUGGGGAGUAGAUAUGUUAAAACUGGACGGAUGUUACUCAGGCAUUGACGAUAUGGAAUACGGUUAUCCAGCCAUGUCAUUUUUCUUGAACCAGACUGGACGACCAAUGUUGUAUUCCUGCAGCUGGCCUGCAUACGUUGUCUUCUAUGGAAAAAUUCCAGAUUAUAAGAAAAUUGCCAGUUACUGUAACAUAUGGCGAAACUACGCUGAUAUA